AUGGCCUCAAUACAUUGCUCAAGUGCAUCGCUCCUACGUAGCGUCUUCACAACAACGACCACACGAGCCAGUGUCUUACCACCAGCCUUUCUGGUGCCAGCUUUCAAUAUCACCCAAACCUCAUCCUUCUCCUCCACAACACCGGCACAAGCAAGAAAAGAUGGCAAUCGCAAUCGUGGCGUCUCUGCACUACGACACACUGGCAUUGGUCGGAAACAGAAGCUUGGCGUCUCCCUAGCCAACCUUCCAAAACCAGUCCUCGACCCCCAAAAGCGAAGCACAGUCGAUGUAGACGAAGACCACGGCCUCUGGGACUUCUUCUACCCUUCUCGCGAACUCUUCCCCACCCCCGAAGAGUCACACGCUCACGGCCGCGCCUGGACCGUCCCCGAGCUCCGCGUCAAGGACUGGGACGAUCUGCACCGCCUAUGGUGGACCUGCGUGAAAGAAAAUAACCGCAGCGCAACCGCCAUGCUGGCGCGGCAGAAAGCGGCAGCGAGAAGCGGCAUGUACGGAGACUACGAGGCGAAUGCACGGCAUGAGGUUGUGGCGGAGACGAUGAAGAAGAUUAAGUUUGUGCUUACGGAGAGGUGGUAUGCGUGGGAGAACGCGAGGAUGAGUGCGAUGGAGGAUGAGGAGGUGGACCUGUAUGCGGAUGUUGAGAAGGGCGAGGAGGCGUAUUUGCCUGGGAGGGCGGGAGAUGAGCCGCUUGCGCUCGGAACUAAGGCUGAUGCGUUAACGGAUUCGGGUAAAGCGAUACCACCACCAGACGCUGCCGGGACGACGCGCGAGGCGCGCUUGUAA